AUGCGUUUCUCCAUCGUCUUCACUACCCUCUCGGCCAUUGCCCUGGCCAGCGCCCAGAGCAGUGCCUCCGUCGAGACUGUUGACAACCCUGCCACUCAGUACCUGACCCAGACCAACUCUCUCGGUGUCGUGACUGGCCAACCUGAAGCUGUCACUACUCAGCCCUCUGCUGUCACCAGCCAGGCCGCUGCCGUGACCUCGCAGCAGCCCGCUGCCUCCAUCCCCGCCGGUCUGACCUCGCCCGUCGCCGGCCCCGGCGCCACUCACACCACUUUGUCCACUGCCUCCAGCAGCGCUGGCACUGGCACCGGCUCCUCUGCCACCGGCACCCAGACCUCAGGCUCUUCGGCUACUGGUACCUCUUCCACUAGCACCAGCUCCUCUGACUCCUCCGAGUCCUCAUCCAGCUCUGGCUCUAGCUCCAGCUCGUCUGCUUCUGCUUCCAGCUCAGCCUCUACUGGUGGCGCUGCUAUGGCCACCGCUGGCCCCGUCGGUCUCGGCAUGGUUGCCGGUGCUGCUCUCGUUGCUUUCCUCUAA